AUGACAGGAACACUCACACCACAGAGGCUGACACUGUGGAUCCUCAGUGUGGUUCUGAUCACUGCCGCUGGAGAGGACAUCUCAUGUCCAGAAGGUGGGCGCAUUCACCUGGCUGAGCAGAAAUGCUAUUGGCUCUCUGAAAUUACAUUAUCAUGGCCUGGGGCACAAAGCAGGUGCAAAGACACUCCCAGAGGAGAUCUGGCGCGUGCUGACAGCUCGGACCUGCAAACCUUUGUCUUUCACUCAUUUCCAGUGAGAACCCCUGUGUGGGUAUGGCUGAAGGGAUCAGAGGGAGAAAAAUUUGACCAGGCUGGGAUUGUGGAGUCAAUGAGUCCUGCAUUGAGAGCCAGACACAGUGCGCCUCAGAUGCUGUGUCCUCAGAUGGCUUUGGGGAGACAGGGAGGAUGGAGAAGAGCUCCAUGUGCUGAACCACACCUCUUCCUUUGUGAAAAAGAACUGACUCAGCCUGAACUAUCUGUGAACAGUUACCUACUUGGACUUGCUUUCAUGACCGGCAUCUAUGCUCAGACCAAAGUACGGCCCUUACCAAACACCCCAGACAUCGGACAACUCACAGUCGAGAUGCAGCUGUUCCCUGGGAUGUGGUUCAGUCAUGCUGGUCAGCUAAAGUCAGUGGAUCUAAUGGUUCAGCCCAACACAAAGUCCUCUGUAGCCCGUGUCCAGAUACUCCGACCCUACUGCAAUCCCAACCAUCAUCUGGUACCUCCAGGUUGUAGUUCUCUCCUCAACCCGUUCAGCUGCUGCUCAGCGGUCCCUCUGUGUAACACCACAGGGGGCUGCAGCAGGGGUCAGUACUGGUGCCACCUGCUUGAGACCUGUGUGUGCACCACAUGUCCCUGCAGCCCCUACGACUCUGCAGUAGGGAGCCGUGGCUUUGUUUUACCCCCGAGGUACCCUACAUUACCCCCCUUCUAUCACCUGGUGGCAGACCUGCCUCUGACAAUAAACCCAAGCCCUGACCUCAGGAUGUUCAGUCUUCUUCUGCCGGACCAAGCAAUCCUGGUGUUCCCUGAUGAUAUUGUGGCUCUUCAACACACUCGCAGCUCUGGAACAUUUCUACGCUGCCUUCAGAGUGAAGCUUCUGCAGGAUCCCCAUGGCGCCAGAGUUACCUGUCUCUAAGGGGAACAGAGUGGGGGAGCUGGUGGGAGGGGGGCCUCACCUCCCUUCCUCCAGGGGGACAGUGGGUUGAUGGGGUAGUGUGUGAUCUGAGGAUGCUGUAUGAAGACAAUCUUCCUACAGGGACAGAGCACGAUGAAAAGUUCUGCUUUACCGAAAGACACACAACCACAGCUCCCACCGUUCAGGCCCUGACAAGUGGUCCUACUCUGGGUGCUGGAUUUGGGCUAACUGUUAUCCAUCCUGUGCCAGAUCAGAAUAACCAGAUUCACGUCCAAAUCCAUGUCCCAACACUGAUUGUUGUCAAGGUCCUGUCAGGGGAAUACGCCAGGAGCUCAUGGUCUGCCCCGGUUCAACAGACUGGAGUCCCCUUUUUUUCACACUGCCCAGAGGAGGUGACUCAGGUUCUGCCUGAGUGCACCAGGCAGUCUGGUGAUACCUGGUUCUCCUCUGUGACUCUGGUUCUGCCAUCUGAAGGGGUUCAAACACUGAACAUCAGUGUGAUGGAUGCAGUCAGCUCUCAGGAUCUCAGAGUCAAGGUGUGGGGCUAUGAGGCGGUGACAGGGCUGAGUGUGGAGCCUCACAGAUGCUGGAGGAUGAUCGUGGACACUCCACAGAUAUUUGUAGCCAGAGUUGAGCGGGGCUCCUCGGUCAGGUUCUCAUGGGUGAUCGAUGAUCUGGAUGACUUUGCUCAUGAAGGAGAGUCUUACAGCGUGGUGUUCAAGAAACCUUCAGAGUACAGCGCUGUAAACCAGCUGAUCUUCCUGACUGCUGAUGAAAUCUCCCCGAUGGCUGAGCCAGAGUUCCUGUUGGUCAGAGAGGUCGUAGCUGUGGAUGCUGUACGUCUCUACAGCCUCAGGGUUAAAGUUGACGUCUCCCUGCCCAUCACGUUCAGCUGGGAUUUUGGGGAUGGAAGUAACAAAGUGAUCCACUACCAGUCAGCUCCAUGUCUGACCAUGCAAGGUGUUCUGAGGAGACAACAGAAGCAUGUGUACGUGCAGGACACGGUGAACCACGCCUACUCUGUCCAAGAUGACUUCAAACUUCACGUCAGAGUCUUCAACAAGUACGACACUACUGAUGCUUUCAUGAAGAUAAGCAUCCUCCCUGAGUUAACUCAACUCCUCGUUUCCCCUUCCCUCCCCGUGCCCUCGGUCAAAGAGACUCUAGUUUUGGAAGCUUCUACUGAGCCUUUCAGCCGAGCUGUUCUUUAUACCUGGGACUUUGGAGACGGCUCUGAAGCCGUCCAGAGUACCAACCGUAAAAUCCUCCAUACUUUUGAAACAGCUGGGGUUUAUAACAUCACCGUGUGUGCCAACAACUCUCUGACGGUGCUGCGCAGCUCUCUCCGUGUGGAGGUUCAGGAGAACAUCUCUGGAUUAACAAUCAGCUGCAAUGAACCAGCUGAACUGAGCUCUCCAGUAGAUCUCAGAGCUACAGUGGGCGCUGGUACAGGUCUCAUCUGGACUUUUGACUUUGGGGAUGGGUCCCUGCAGGGAAACCUUAAAGAUGGUUCCAUCUCUCACGUCUAUACGUCACCAGGGAACUAUACGGUUGAUGUAACAGUUUUAAACUCUGUCAGCCGAGCUCAUCAGUCCAUCAUGGUACAGGUCUACAGGUUGGCUGUGAGUGGAGUUCUUCCUACAGGAUGUGUAACGAGUGGGGAAGACGUUCAGCUUAGAGCUCUGGUAAAUGGAAACACAUCAAAUCUGACUUUUCAUUGGCUGAUAGGAGACGGAUCAGCCCUCGCUAUAGUGAAGGGAAACCCCACAACCAUGCACAGAUUUCAAAAGCAUGGCGUCUUCCCUGUAGGACUCACUGUCCUCAGCUCUGUUACGUCUGUGUCGUUUAAUACAAGCAUCUGUGUGGAGCUGAGAAUAACGAACAUCACAGUGCAGACGUCAAGUGGAGUAGCUGCAGCAGGAGAAGAGGUGUGCUUUCAGGUGUUAGUAUCCCCUGAGCAGACGAGCGGUUAUUCCUUCACGUGGUUUAGAAGCUCAUCCGGUCUCAUCGUCACGACAGAACGCUCUCACAGGUGUUUCAUUUUCAAAGACGAGGGAGAUGAGGAGGUUUCAGUGACAGCAAGUAACACAGUCAGCAACAAGACAGCCAACGCUACUGUCAGCAUUCAGACCCCUGUUGGAAGGCUGUCUGUUUCCCACAGUCUGAAUGACACACUGACCGUCAAUGAACCUGUUUCAUUUUGGGUUACCAGUUGCGCCGGCAGCGAUGUGUCAGUGCUGUGGGACUUUGGAGACGGCUCUCCGGUUCAACAGAAGCCAAACACGUCACAUGUGUUCACCUCGAAGGGUCAGUUCACCGUCACGGCCACGGCGUUCAAUGCAGUCAGCCGUCAGUCUGUGACCCUAAACCUCAAUGUUUCCCUCCCCCAAUCAGAGCUUUCCCUCCACACAGACCGGCCUUACGCUGCAGUAGGAGAGGAGGCGCUCAUCUCAGCAGUGAGCAGCAACAUGGGUGAAACUGACUACAACUGGACUGUCGAUGGCGUCCCUUCAACCAAACAAGGUGGGCAUCACUUCCGGUUUGCUUUCAAGGAACCGGGAGUCUUUGAGAUCAGAGUUACAGCACAGAACCUGGUGAGCAGAAGAGAGGCCACUAUUUUAAUAGAGGUCUUUGAAAGAAUAGAAGGUCUGCAGAUCGUCACAAACAUGAAGUACGUACCAACACAAGAAGAGAUCAGGUUCACGUCUGCAGUCACCAAAGGCUCCAGUGUGAAGUAUCACUGGCUGGCGACACAGACGGGAGUAGACAGACGAAUCAAUGGUGAUGGAAGUAUCUUUGACAUGAUAGCUGAAGCUCCUGGAGAGGUUUUAAUCCAGCUAAGAGCUUCUAACAAACUGGGGGAGGUCACCAGCACGGUGUCUUUAGUGGCGGUACAGCGCGUAGUUAUUGCAGAUAAGGCACAACAUCCACGCACUGCUGCAGUGGGGAAACCGGUGAAUAUCUCUGUGUCUGUGCUCAGCGGGUCACACCUACGAUUCUCAUGGUAUGUGAACUCUGAUAUUCUACCCGAGCACACGUCUGUGCCGUUUCUUCUCCACACUUUUGUAAGUGUGGGUCGCCGUCUUGUCAGAGUCUCAGUUCAGAACGUCCUCGGCCAGAGAAACGUCACCAUGGAGUUCAACAUUCAGGAAGAGGUCCAGGAGGCGGACUUUGAGAUGGAGGGAAAGAAGCCACCAUUCUUUAUCACAACAGGUGCUGCCGUCCGACUCAAAGGGGUUACUCAAACAGGAAAUGAUCUGAGCUGGACCUGGAGGGUUGAAGGUACCGAUACUUUGCUUUUUAAUGGCGCUAACCAGACUUUCAUGAACACUUUCCCACACGCAGGAAUCUAUCAGGUGUCUCUGAAUGUUUCCAAUCAGAUAGACUGGAAACACGUCUCACACAGCGUCACCGUCCUUGAUGAAGUCACAGGUUUCACGCUGAACAUGUCCAAGUCUUCUAUCUGCACAGAGGAACAAGUGACGUUUACUCCAACCGUCUACAAAGGAAGCAAUGUAAGCUUUGUUAUAACAUUUAGAAACAAGGACUGGACUCAUAGUGAGAGCAUCUCCAAAGAGGGGUUCACCACAUCAAGCCUUCCUGCAGGAAAGACUGCAGUAAGAGUGAAAGCUUGGAACCAUGUUAGCAGUGCUGAGGUGUCCUCCAGCAUCCUGGUCACUGAGCAGGUUCAAGGCCUACGUCUUGUGAACUGUUGCUCUGCUGAUUUAGAGGCUUUGAAAGGAAUCCAGUUUAAAGCAGAGGUUCAAAAGGGACCUCCAGUGAACUACACCUGGAUGUUUCUCUUGGAAGGGUCUUACCCGACCCGGCUGAUGGGCCAGGAAGUGAUCUUCUCUCCACCACACAGCGGAUCAUUAUCUUAUAGUGUGACUGCCACCAGAGGGGUCUGCUCCAAGACACUAAAUGAGACGUCUACAGUCCACCGGCCUCUUCAGCAGGUCAACAUCGUGUGUCUCUCAGAGAGAGUAUUUGUUGGACAUGCGGUCUUGUUUUCUGCAGCAGUGAACGGAUGGAGCAACAUCAGUUACCUCUGGAGCUUUGGAGACUCCUCUGAAACACUGAUGACAGAUGGAGGCACGCUCAAGCAUACGUAUCAUAAUCCUGGGACGUACAGUGUCGUGGUCAAGGCUCUCAGCAGUGUCAGCCAUGUGUCUGCACAGUUAUACACAGAAGUAGAGGAGCUCCGGUGUUCCAGCCCUCAGGUGUCCCUGGUACAGAAACACUCUAAUAUCUUCAGGUCCAGACCAAAUGUCUUCGAAGCAAAGGUGGACAACAACUGCUCAGAUUACAAAACCACAUACCUGUGGGAGAUCCUCAAAGAGUCAGAUUGUACCAGCACCCAUUUAGAUGAAAACAAAGAAAGUCCUAGACUCAAGUUAAAUGUAAACUCACCUCUUCUUUCAAUCCCAAAGCAUAGUCUUGAUGUGGGGCAGUACUGCAUGGUGUUCACAGUUUCACUCCAGGGGACUCCUCUAGCUGUCCAGCAAAGAGCCAGCUUCAAAGUGGUUCAGUCCCCGCCAGUAGCUGUGAUCAAGGGGGGCUCACACAGACUGUGGCCCAGCCUCAGGGAUCUGGUCCUGGAUGGAUCUGGCUCUAAAGAUCCUGAUGCAGAGACAGGGGUGGAAGACACACUGCAGUAUCACUGGACGAUGAUGACGACGGUGACUGUGUUUGACGCUCCUGUACUUCCUGUCAUGGUGGAGUGUGUGUCCUGCUCUGAUCUGUCCUCCCAUCACAAAAUGAGUUACAGCAUGCCCGUCAUUCUGUCUGGACAGUGUGAACAGUGUGAUGACGAGACAAAGUACGAGUGGAGUGCUGAGGACCAGACUGGCGUGAACCUUGACCUUAACGAGGUUUCCACCUCGACAGGGAGAAAGUCCGCUAACCUGGUGAUACGUUCAGGUGUUCUGCAGCCGAGGCAGAGUUACACCUUCAGCCUGAAUGUGUCCCAGCCCAGCAGAGGGCAGUGGGGCAGCGCCAGCCUCACGAUACUACCCAACAAUCCACCUUAUGGAGGACUGUGUGAUCUCAGUCCAGAAUCAGACAUCCGUGUGCUGGAGACUUUGGUGACCUACAACUGCUCAGGGUGGCAAGAUGAUGGAAGUGAUGUCACUCAGCUGAUCUAUACACUCCAGGUAUCACCAUGUCAGCAAACUGGCCCUAAGUGCCCCUUGCUCACUUUGUACAGGGGAACUCGUUCAACAUACCACACCCUGGUUCCAAUGGGAAGUCCUGGACCAGCAAGACACACGUCAGUUAUCACAGUGACAGUGCUGGUAGAGGACUAUCUCGGGGCAAAGGUUGUAGCCCUGAACAGAACGUUGACCGUUGGAAACCCUGCAGGGGACAAGGUUUCCAGUCCACAGCUCAGAAACAAGGGCCAGACUGAGCUUCAGGCUUUAGUCCAGCGUGGCAACCCACAAGAGAUCAUCCCUUAUUCUAUUGCCCUUACCAGCCAACUCAACCAGAUGGAGUCUGGACAGACUGCUGGGGACCUCAAAGACAGACGAGAGAUUCAUGACAGUGUGAUCCAAGCCCUCACCUCUCUCCCUGUUUCAUCAUUACUGGAUGUUGAUCAGAUCAGCGCUGCAUUGUCACAGUCUAUGGCUAUUCAGAGAGAGAUGGUUUCUCAUAGCAGUCAGGAGAAAGUCCUGAAAGCAGUGCAAAACAUGAUCCAGGUCAUGGAGGAGCAGACCAGUCCUGGAGCUCAGUCAGCUGUGGACAGAGGAAGAAACAUCCUUAAUAUUAUAGGUAAUACACUCACUGCUGCGUCCUUCAGUUCACAACAAACCCUCUCCAGCCCUCUGCAGCCAGCCUCAUCAACCUUCCUGUCUGUGCUGGGUCACACCAGAGCCCUGAUGCGCUCUCUGAUGAAUGCACGUGUUCAUGGCGAGGCACCGCUGUCACUCUCAAGCCCUUAUCUCAACGCUGUGGGCUUCCUUGGAGACCCUUCUGACCUCCUGUGCACUCAUCACUCCAACCAGAACCAGAUCCUUCCCCCUCAGCCGUCAACAAGGACUCCUUCCUGUCAGUUUCACAUCCCUGACUCCUUCACGACUUACCUGAAGAGGCAGGAACCUGAGGUGGUGCAGGUUCUCUUUGGCAUGGAUGCAGAUACAGGACCUAACUCUAUUCUGGCUUCAGCAGACCCUCCAAUUUCUACCAGUCUGGUCGCCAUGGAGCUCACCACACCUCAGGGCCGACCAAUACCCAUCCAGGGUCUGGACCCUGAACAUGCCAUACGGAUAAUCUUGCCUAACAAGCAGCCCCCUGUGGGUCCUAAUGACCUGGAUGGAGAUUGGAGGGUGGGUGAGAGUGGAAAUGAAACAUGUGUGAUCACACCACUCCCUGCUCAAGGAGAGCUGAACUUCACGGUCCGAGCUGUGGAUGGACUGGGUCAAGAUGCAGGAUUAUAUAUUUCCUUCAACUUCAGCCAUGACGCAGGACCCGGUGUUAUGAACCUGGGACAUGUCAAGAUCGAAGUGAGCUUUGCAGCGCCAGGGACUAAUGAAUCUUAUCGCUCUCUAUCACGAGAGUGGGCUCUCACUUUCUCUGCUUCAACCACUUGGAAGGAAGAAGCCAUCUUUCUCUCCCCGCACUCACUGUGCCGAUACUACAGUGUUCAUGAGAGGCGCUGGAGCAGUGAGGGUUUACAGCCACUGGAUGGCAGCACACUCCAUGCAGCACACUGUCUCACCAAGCACCUCACCCUGUUUGGGGCCAGUAUGUUUGUCUAUCCCAGGGCUGUUGUUCUGCUACCACCAUCAGAUGGUCCCAUACGUAACGUGGUGGUGGGCAUUGUGUGUGCUGUCCUGGUUCUGAUCCACAUACUGAUGGGGCUCAUUGCCUACAAACUAGACCACUUUGACAGCUUGAGGCUGAGCCAAGUCCCGCUGUGUAGCCAACCAGGGCUGUACCACUACAGGGUGCUGGUGAAGACUGGCAGGCGGCGAGGAGCAGGCACCACAGCACAUGUCGGCAUCUGCCUGUACGGUGUAACAAAGAGCGGCUCUCGUCACCUGCAGAGAGAGGGAGCUUUUCAACGAGGCAGCCUGGACCAGUUUCACCUAGAAACAGACGAGAACCUCAGGGAAAUCUGGAAAAUACGUAUUUGGCACGAUAACACAGGGCUGGACCCCUCCUGGUAUGUCCAACAUGUGGUGGUCUGGGACCCUCAGACAGACCACAUGUUCUUCUUCAUGCUGGAGGACUGGCUCUCUGUUGAGAAUCAGAAGAGCAGCAGUGUGGAGAGGGAAGUCCUCACCUCCUGUCCAGAGGAGCUUUACCAGUUUGGGCGGGUCUUGGGCUCCCAGCUGGUGUUUGGUAUGGUUGAGCACCACCUGUGGCUGUCCCUGUGGGAGCGCCCUGCACACAGCCGCUUCACCAGGUGUCAGAGGAUCACAUGCAGUGCCCUCACGCUGCACCUCUACUUGGCACUGGGUGCUCUGUGGUACGGGGCUGUUGGUACGGAGGCACACAGUGGACCAGUUGCAGCUCAGCUCCUGCUCAACAUGGAGACGGUUGCUGUGGGGUUGUGUGUUGCAGUGCUGGUGUUUCCUCUCCAGAGCUGUCUGUGUUUCCUGUUCAGACAGUGUAACAGUCAGGUGUCCAAAGACAUGUCCACUCCCUCUUCUCCUGUGUGUCCCUCUGGGGAGAUCUACCUCUGCCAAUCAGAGCUCUCUGGUCCUUCCUUCUUGUCUUUUGCUGAUUCGUCAGGCCACGUGCGGGACAGUCCUUUCUCUUUACUGGAGAGCAAGCUGCUGGACUCCAGUAUUCUGGACUUCUGGGCUACAUCUGGACUGGCAGCACAGACCGACAGGAGAGUGUGUCGAGAGGACUGCACAGAGACAUGGCAGUCCUGUGACAGCUUACUCAGUCUACCAGUAGACCCGUGUCUCACCAAAUCAUCCCCAGCUCCCAUCGUAGGCGGAAUGUCUGUGGUCGGCCCUGCACGGCAGAUAAGGAGGAAGAAAGCCAUGAUGCAGCCUCGCCAGUCUUCAUCCUCGCCCACUGACCCCACUACUGCUUCAGUCCCUCUCAUUGGCACAUAUGCCCUUUCAAAAGGAACUACCACGUUGGGCUCAAAGGUCUCUGCCUUCAACAGCAACCUUGUGCAAGCUUACAGCCACAAUCUGACAACGUUUUUAACUCUCUCUGAGGAAGAUCUGCUGAUGUCCAUCGCAGCAGCAUCAGAGGACCCAGCACACGUAACCAACAGCAACUCAGACAGCGGCCGGGACUCCCCGAGAACCACCUCCUCAUUCUCCAACACCCAGAGCAGCAGCUGGUCUCAGCAGAGUGAGGACAAGUCCUUUUUUGCUGAUAUCCACAAGCCAGAUCCAGAUCCACUGUCCUGCCCCUCCCUGUAUGGAGCAGGACUCCAUAAGAGUCCCUCUGUGCUCUCUGUGGACUCAGUAGCCAGCACCUUCCUGCCGAGCCCGUCUACAGAGUCUUCACGGUCUUGCUCCAGCACACGAAUAGGUGUCGCCCGGAGUAAACCUGGCUGGCUGCUCCCCCACUGGGCGCUGUGUGUGAUUUACUCCGUGGUGGCUGUGCUGUUAGGAACAUGCCUAACCGUGGUGGGAGUCUACGGCGGCUACAUGUCCAGAACAGUGGUCAUCAUGUGGCUCGUAUCUGUGCUGUCUGCCUUUUUCACCUCUGCCUUACUUCUCGAACCUCUCAAAGUGUGCAUGCAAGCCCUCAUUAGCACAGCCCUGUGGAGGCCUGUGGACCCAGAGGUGGAGGACCACCUGGCUCAGGAGUCCACUGUGGUGAGGCCGUUCAGAGAGCAUUGUGGAAAUGUUCGACCACCGUGUGGCUAUGGGCUCCUGCAGGCCAAAGAGGAAGCCCGCAGAGUCAGAGCUCUGCAAUCACUGAUGAGGCACUGUGUUGUCCAGCUGUUGUUUCUGUUGCUGGUGUUGAUGGUGAACUACCAGGACAGCGCAGAGAGAAGACAGGGCAGGCUGCUGCUCUCUGCUGUCAGACACCGACUUCACACCGCACCCUCGGGAGUCCCUAACCUCACCUCACUCAGAGACUGGUCAGACGCAGAGCAGUGGAUCAACCACACCUUGGUGCCAAACCUGCACCAAUACCCAUCGCUGCAUCUUGUAGGACUACCACAGCUGCAGUACACACACACCCUCAGUCCUCUGGCAAGUUACUUCCUGGAAGAUCACAAUGUGACAACCCAACAUCCUGCAGCUGGUCUGCACAUGCCAGAGUGGUCCAAAAAACAGUUGAGAAGCCUUUCAAUAGACUUCACACUCUCCCACAGAGAGUCUUCUCUGUUUGUGUGUGUGUCAAUACAACUGGAAUGGGCUCACACACACCGAGUCACCCCUUCUCUCUUCAUCCAUCCGUUCCUAAUCCCUUUAUCGUACCUUGGUCUGGACCUGCAAACGGCACUUAUGGUUCUCCUCCUCAUCUCUGGCCUCUUCAUCUUAUUCAGAGAAGUGAGGUCGAUAGCUACAGAGAGAGCCUGGUGUCUACAUCUCAGCCUGUUACAGCUUUGUAUGGCCUUGCUCUGCCUGGCAACAGCUAUCCUGCAUUUUUGCUUCCUAUCGCUGGCCACUUCCUCUGUUUCAAGGUCGGUCCACUUGCUUCUACUGUUGUGUGUUCCAGCUGCUGGGGACCCUGAGGUUUGUGCGGAGAUGGGUGGUGUUGGGCAAAGUGCUGCAGAGAGCCUGGAGGGAGCUGCUGGCUGUGUCUGCCCUGUUCUUCCUGCUGCUGCUCUGCUGUCACCUCGUGAACACUUGGAAGGUUUCCUGUCACUUUAUGAGAACAGAGUCUCGGUGCUUUCGUUCCUGCGUGGUCGAAUCCACCCUGGCCUAGGGCUCCUUUUGUUUGUGGGAGGUCUCUGGCUCUUAUCCAGACUCUGUGGAGCUGUUCUCAUCCAUGCAUACAGGGCUGAGCAGGCCGAGCUGCACCGACCAACCAUUGGACCUCAGGACUUUGAGAUGGUGGAGUUCUUCAUCAAGAGGCUCAGGUUGUGGAUGGGACUCACUAAAGCCAAAGAAUUCAGACACAGAGUCAAGUUUGAAGGUAUGGACAUGCCCCCCUCCAGGUCCUCCCAGGAAUCCCGUCUGUCUACGCUGUCUCCCUUCCUCUCCUCUCCCCGCUCUCCUUCCACAUGCUCCUCAUUUUCAUCUCAGCGUCCCUUGUCCUCCGCUCUCUCGGUGAGGUCAGAGGACUCUUCGUUUUCUGAGUCUGAUGUCCAGCCGUACUUGGAUCAUCUGCUGCCAUGUGUCACUUCCCUGCUCUCUCACUUUGAUCAGGUCAAUCAGAUCAAUGAGGAUGUUUAUGACCUGGAGAAAAAACUGGAAGAUGCUCAAACAAGAAGAAGGAAAAGGUUGAUGAGUGACAAUCCUAAAAGAUCUGAGAACCUGAGGGACUCAGCAAAUCCAGAGAACCUGGAGAGAGGAGGGAGAGAAGAAGCUGGAAACAGAAAGGAAGGCUUCUUCUACUCCAGGACAAGAGUUUCCCUCCCCUCAACUUAUUCUGUCAUUCCCUCCAAAGCUCACAACUCUACUGAAUCUACCUGCAUCUUUCCCCAGACAUACAGUGCCUACUCUGAGUCAGAAUCAGCAUCACACCAGCCUCAGGGAUUGAGAAACCACCAAGCAGCAAAGGUUGCAUCUGGAAACUGUGGUUUGCAUCCUGCAGGUUUUCCUGGAUUUGGUAGGUUCAACAUGAGAAGAGCUUGGCAUUCUGGGAGUUCUCAUUCAGCCGAUGCAGCUCAGAGGAACUUCCUGACCCAAGGUGGAGGAGUGGGUACCUGUGGCAAUGGAAGAGAAAACUUGGCACUCAUCAGCAGCAGACCAAGGAGUGAACAAGGGUUAAGGAGGCAGGUCAGAGACGGGGUCCCUGUGAAGAGGAAGGCUUGGAUAUGUGAACAAUCAGAGAUGGAGCUCGACUGUUAAACCUGUUGUCACCUGGUCUAUGAUCCGUCCUUACUUUACUUCUGUUGUGUUUAAAGCAAAGUGUUGAACAGCUGACAUUAGAUGUUACACCUUUGAUAAUGUUUACUCCUCACAAACAUGAUCAAGAGUCUGAGUCCACGACAAGAGUCUGAAGGUGCAUUUCUGGGGUCUUUUAGUCCCCAGAACUACUUUCCCCUGAAGUAAAAGGUUCCUGUGCCCCCAUUGUUGUCUGCGUUUCGACCGCGGGCUGAAUGUAAAU